CACAUCAGGCUGUAAUAAAUUAUUAUCAAUCCACGCCGUUAUCUCAAUUACUCUCGCUUUCUUUUAUUUCUCAGAAUUUUUUCACUCUCAUAGACUCAACUAUAUUAAGUUCCUAGCCGCAUAUAACUCUCUUAUAUUUUUCUAGUUCGUUUUAUUAAUUUGCUAUUCUGGUCGGCCACCCAAGAAGAGUUUCACGUGCUUCCUUCUCUUAUCUUCUCUUCUAAACAAGAUGGUUCGUACGAGAGAAACUGCCACAAUCAGAGUGGUUGGAGCCAAAGCACCAAGGAAAGCAGCUGCUUUUCCUUCUACUUCACAAUCCUCCGAUGAAUCUUCAGGAAAAAAAUACAGUGGUGGGAACUCGUACUGCCCUCGAGAAACUCCUGCCUGGCAGAAGAACAUAACUUGUUUCUUUGGUUCAUCUUCUAGUAAUAAAGACAAAGAUGAGGAGAGUCUCAACAAAUCUUCAAGUGAUGAUUCAUCAGUCAAAAUUGUCAGUGAAACAUCUACAUCCGGCAAAUCAGCAGCUGCCUCUAGUAGCAUUGAUGAUGUAAAUGAUAAAGAAAACGUUGCUGAAUCCUCAUCCUCCUAAGAAUUAAGAUACACCUCUGACAUCGUUCACCAGCUUAUUGCCAUCUGAUCUCAGAACAAGUAACAACAUCAGGUGCUUCCAUUCUUGCUUUUCAGAGGUUUUAAUUUUUUAGAAGCUUCUCUAUGACGAUUGAUUUUUGAGUAUGUUGACUCUAUUUUUUUUCUGGAAAUUAUUUUCAGGGAAAAAAAUUUAAGUGCAUGUAAGCAGACAAACUCUCAGCUUUGUAAUGCGCAUUGAGCAGGUUGCUUUUAAAUUUGGUUUUAUCUCAGGAGAUCUCUUUUUGAUGUUGUCAUCUUUUGCACGCAACAGAUCCAUCUAAGUAACAAAACUUGGCGAAAAGCUGAAAUUGUGCUUAACUCUAUAGAAUUGAUAGUUUCAGAGAAAAAUAGGUUAACAAACUCAAAAAUCAACUCUCUUAAGCUAGUUUUUAUAAUUUGAAGUUUGUUUUAAAUUCCUAAUUUUUUUAUUGUAUGUAUUUAACCCUUUGUAAUGUUAUGUAGGUUAGCCUCGGGUAAUGCUUGUGGAAUUCAACUAUCGUUCUACUGAGCCCUGGAAGGAAAUUAAUACUUUCUCAAUUUCAUUUGAAAAAAAAAAAAACUGUGAAGAAUAGAUAGCUCAUUGAGUCUUUCAAUUUAGGUGUUGAACUGAAGAAGAACCAAUGCAUUAUUGUUUAGUAUGCCAUUUUCUCCACUGAAAUUUCUCAGUUCAAACUUCCCAGUACCCUUUAGCUUUUUUAACGAUAUAGACAGCUCAUAAAUAGACGAGCUUUGGUAAUGAACUCCAUACGUACUUCUUCUCUCAUUAUAAUUAAUUAUUUUACUAUGACUAUUUUCUCUUUAUCAUGUGCAUUCUCGGUUUUACAAACCAUCCAUUAGAGAACAUACAGAAGUAUUAUUGUAUUAACACAACUAAACUUGAAUUUUUAUGAUUGUUCAUCAUCCAUCAUUUUGUGAAAAUGGUAUUCAUAUUUUUUAAAUACACUAAUAAAUUUUGAAGAUCUACC